AUGGUGGCGUACGGCGAGUUCCGGCGCCCCUUCCGCAAGGACGACACCGAGCAUCGGAUCGUGUACACCGGCAUGCGGUACAUCAUUGCCAAUUACGUGGCCAAGCCGUGGACCCGGGCCGAUGUGCGCCAGCUCCAGGACUUCCUGCAGACGCACAAUGCCGCCACCGACGGCGGCACCGGCGCCUCGGCCUUCCCCUUCCCGGCGGACCUCUUCGAGCGCGCGGUCCGCGAGCAUGGCGGCUACAUGCCGGUCCGGGUGCGCUCGCUGCCCGAGGGGACCGUGGUGUAUCCCCACACGGUGCUCUUCGAGAUCAGCGCCAAUGACGAGUGGUCGCGCUUGGUGACCUUCCUGGAGUCCCUGCUGACCAUGGUCUGGGGCCGCCAGCUGAGGCGCACGGCCGCGGCCCGUGGCCUUUUCACAUGCGCCACCGGGGGCGGCACUACCCCUGGGCGCGCCCCAGCCGGGUGA